AUGGCGUCCCGGAGACUCGCUCUGAACCUCGCGCAGGGCCUGCGUGGCCGAGCUGGUAUUUCUGUGCCGUUCAGACGAGGCCUCGCGACGCCUCACCAGACGCCCGGCCUCAAGACCCAGACGACAACUUUAAAGAAUGGCCUCACCGUCGCAACCCAGUUCUCGCCCUAUGCGCAGACCUCGACAGUUGGCAUGUGGAUCGACGCCGGCUCUCGGGCAGAGACUGAGGAGACAAAUGGCACCGCGCACUUCCUCGAGCACCUUGCCUUCAAGGGGACGAGCAAGCGGACGCAACAACAGUUGGAGCUCGAGAUUGAGAACAUGGGCGCCCACCUGAACGCCUAUACUUCGCGCGAGAACACCGUCUACUUCGCCAAGGCCUUGAACGAGGACGUUCCCCAGUGCGUCGACAUUCUGCAGGAUAUUCUCCAAAACUCCAAGCUCGAGGAGGCGGCCAUCGAGCGCGAGCGCGAUGUCAUCCUGCGCGAGUCCGAGGAGGUCGAGAAGCAGCUCGAGGAGGUUGUUUUCGACCACCUCCACGCUACCGCUUUCCAGCACCAGCCCCUAGGCCGCACUAUCCUCGGCCCCCGCGAGAACAUCCGAGACAUCACCCGCACCGAGCUUUCCAACUAUAUCAAGCACAACUACACGGCUGACCGGAUGGUCCUCGUCGGCUCCGGCGGUGUCCCGCACGAGCAGCUGGUGGAGAUGGCCGACAAGCACUUCGCCGGCCUGCCCACCAAGGCCCCUGAGACGAGCGCCUACAUCCUGUCCAAGAAGAAGCCCGAUUUCAUCGGCUCAGACAUCAGAAUCCGCGACGAUACCAUCCCGACUGCCAACAUUGCCAUUGCCGUCGAGGGCGUUAGCUGGAGCGACGAUGACUACUUCACCGCCUUGGUUGCCCAGGCUAUCGUUGGCAACUACGACAAGGCUCUCGGCAAUGCUCCCCACCAGGGCAGCAAGCUCAGCGGCAUCGUGCACAAAGACGAUCUCGCAACUAGCUACAUGAGCUUCUCUACUAGCUACAGCGACACUGGCCUCUGGGGUAUCUACCUGGUUACCGACAACAUUACGCGUAUCGACGAUCUCGUCCACUUCGCCCUCCGCGAGUGGUCUCGGUUGUCUGGCAGCGUCAGCGAGGCCGAGGUUGAGCGUGCGAAGGCUCAGCUCAAGGCCUCCAUUCUUCUGUCUCUGGAUGGAACAACAGCCGUUGCUGAGGAUAUCGGCCGGCAGAUCGUGACGACUGGGAGACGCAUGGAGCCCCGCGAGAUCGAGCGCGUCAUUGAUGCUAUCACAGAGAAGGAUGUAAUGGACUUUGCCCAACGGAAACUUUGGGACAAGGACAUUGCCAUCAGCGCGGUGGGCAGCAUCGAGGGUCUCUUCACCUACUCCAGGAUUAGGGCCGACAUGAGCAGAAACUUCUAG